CUACAACUUUUCAAGGGUGGAGUAAAGACUUUGCCUACACCGGAAGAGGCUGGGUUUACUUACUCACGUGGUUUCCGUUUGCGCUUACUGCACCAUGGCGACGGGGACGCUAAAGUUACCCGAGCUGAUUCACGGAUACUUUUUCGUUUUCCUGUUAAAUUCAAACCCGAUUUAUUGCCAACAGUUUUCUAUUUCUUCUUCGCAACCGUCGGAUUGUGGGGUCCAAAAUUAUUUUGAUAUUUCAAGCUUGACUUGUAUGAAAUGUGGACCGAACCAAGUCAGCAGUACAUCAGGUUUGAGCUGUGAGUGUCAGACGGGUUUCAAGGUCCUGAGCAGCAACGGAGGAUUCAUUACCUGCCAAAAGUGCACAGACACCAAACCGGCUGUUACGCGGGAUGGAUAUGAAUGUAUCAGAUGUCCAGGCGGACUGGGGGAGGAUGGGAAAUGCAAGUGUCCUGAAGACAGUGUUCUUGUGGAAAGAAAUGCAGAUGGAACCCCUCUCGAAGAAGCCCUAUGUGAGUUGUGUAAUGGAACAGAUCCAGCUUUUUCUUCCCCAGACAUGAAAGGCAACAGAUGUGUGAGAUGUCAGGACUCCUUCAUCAACACAUCUCAGUCCUGCACAUGUGGCUCUAACAUUCUGGCUGGAGGAAUGUGUUUCCCUCCCAACACCCUGCCCCCUAUGGUCGUUUCCACAGUCAACUUUGCUCAGUUGGGCCUGUCUGUUACUUCUGCCUGGUUCUCUCGCUUCCUGUAUUCGUCUGCAGCUGCAUGUCUGUUGUUCACUAAUCGGACAGCAUGCCAGGCUCUGGGGAACAUGUGUGUGAUGAACAUGCACUCAACCACUAUCAGCACCGAUGCCUGCGGCCUGUACUACACUAUCUACAGAGCAACAGCGGCUCAGGGCAACAACCAGGACAACCCAUACUGGAGGAUUAACCUGCCCUGGUUGUAUUAUGGAGAACAGCCAGGAUUGGCAUCAAGAGUUCUGCAGACAGAACCACUACCUGUAGGCUUCAGCUUUAAAGGCACAAACAAGAACACAAACAUACAGCUGCGGGCUGCAGUGUACACCGUUCGAGGAGAGUUUAUAAGAUGGGAGAAUGUAGGCAGAAGCAACCUGCAGCUUUGUCCAGAUACCUUAACUAGACAGCAGGCUGCUUUCACAUUUGGGACGGCCUACAAUCAAAACUGUGUCCUCUCAGUGUCGGAUCUCCUGGCUGCUUAUUCGGAGCCUCUGUUUUAUGACAUCUUCCUGGUGCAGCAGAACACUGCAGGAGAUGAGCGCCUCCUCGCUGUGCCCAUUCUCAACCUCAUUCUGCAGUUCAGUGGCCAGUUUGUCAACCAAGCCUCUAACAUGAAUAGCUGGUACCUGACCCGAAGGCUGAUGAUGAUAGACACUUUAAGUGGCAGAGAAAAGAGUGUGAAUUCCACCCCCAGAGUUAUUCGUGUGGCCAGUAACUUGAAAAUGAGUUUCCAGCUUGUGCCAAACACCCAGAAAGGUCAGGUGUACCCUCCUCUGAUGACUGUGUCCUACUCUGAUAUUCUCAUCACUGACCAGGCCAAGCAAACUGUAGCUAUAUCAUUCUCUUUGGAGUAUGAGAUGGAUCAGAACGAAGCUCGAGUUAAAACUGAUAUUGCUCUGGGUGUGUUGGGUGGAGUGGCUGUUGUGUACACUCUAUUAAAGACGGCAAGCUGGAAAAGAAGGAUUGCCUCCCCUCUCAUUGACAUACAGACCAUUUUGAAGUUCCUGCUGUUCUAUGCUGGAGAUUUGGCAAAUGUUUUCUUCUUCAUCACCGUGGGAACUGGUCUGUACUGGCUCAUUUUAUAUAAGGCUCAGCAAUUUGUGUCUGUAUUGUUGCCAUUACCAGCUCAAGAGGACAGUUUUGUGAUAUAUGUUGGAUGUGCUUUUGCACUUAAGGCGGUGCAGUUCCUUCAUGAGUUGUGGUUGCAGAUGUCAGUGGAUAUAUUCUUUAUAGACUGGGAGAGACCUCGUGGUGGCAAGUCCAAUAAAUCUGUAGAAGGGUGUGGUGAAGGAAAGACCCCAGCACCUACAGUCAGCAUCUGGAGAACGUACUUUGUGGCUAAUGAAUGGAAUGAGAUCCAGACCAUCCGUAAGAUCAACCCCACCUUCCAGAUCAUCUCUGUGCUCUUCUUCCUGGAGGUGGUGAGUUUCUCCAGCCUUGCAUUGAGAGACCCUUCUUCGGAGCUUCAGCGCUCAGACGAGGGAUACAUACCCGCCUACAGCCGCAUACUGCGCUACGGUGUGGCAACUGCUGUGUGGCUUUGCAUUGGUUUUAUACAGAUCAUCUUUUUCUCAGUUUUCUAUGAGCGCUUUGUGGAAGACAAGAUUCGCCAGUUUGUGGAUCUCUGUUCCAUCAGUAAUGUAUCAGUCCUGCUGCUUUCUCUACGCUGUUUUGGCUACUACAUCCACGGCCGAUCUGUGCACGGCCAUGCCGACACUAAUAUGGACGAGAUGAACUCAAACCUCAAGAGAGAGGCCGAGAAUCUUUGUGGCCAGAGAGGACUAAUACCUAAUUCUGACAUUCAGACUUUUCAGAUCUCCAUAACAAGCCGUCUGAGGGCGCAGUAUGAUCGCAUAUUCGAGCCACUCAGUAGAAGAAAUGGGCCCUCGCGAUUGAUCGAUGCCUCGGCCAACCCGUUCGAGCAGAACACAAAAGCCUAUCACACCAUGAACCGAUUUCUCGCCUCUUUUAUUGACCACGCUCAUCGUGACAUGGAUUACAUUGUGAAAGAUAAGCUGUUCUUUGAAAGAGUCAUUGGAAUGGAGUUCAUUGAACCUCUGGACAAAAGCAUUUUUUAUAAUGAUGACUCUCACUCCUUCGCUGAGGUGCUUUUCUAUGGGAACGAGGCGACGCUGUUGAUCUUUGACACACUCUUUUUCUCUGUUGUUGAUCUCUGCAGCCAGAACUUUAUUCUGGCAGCUGUACUAACAUAUGUACAGCAAAUGAUCUUCAGGCUGAUUCGAAAUGUCUCCGGUCGCAGGAACCUGGCCAGAAAAACUCUGGUUGACAAAAGAUUCCUCAUCUAAUUUAUUUAUUUAAUCUUCUUCAUUUUGCCUUAAUGCCAGUUUUAUUGUAGUUCUUACUUUGCCAACUUUAAUUCUCAAAGCUAGUUGUGUUUUGAUGCCUUUUAUGUUGUUAAUGGAUUUGUUUAAAAGUUUGUUGUUUCUUGUGUAGAGUACAUAAAGUUCUGUAUUUUUCUACAUCAUUAAUGAUUGUAUUGAUUGAGUGAUUGAUUGAUUGACUGCUGUAUAGUAAAUAGAAGUAAAAAACAUGAAGAUACCGAAUGA